CAGCCCAUUGCCUCUUGUGUUACAGUAUGGAAGAGAAGUAAGAAUGGUCACAGGAGGAGCAGUGAGAACCCGGCUAACUCGAGAACGCUCAAGGUCUCAAGUCAGACCUGCCCAGCGACUGAGCGUCACCACCCGAUGUCGGACAAAUACCGAGCUCAUGGGGUUCGACCUCAAUCGCCGCUGAGGGUGAGAUCGGCAAACGUUCCCAAUAACCGGACAGAGCCAGAUCAUGUUUCACUGGAGCCUGGCCAGUGCAAAACCACUCAGGGUGAUCGGGAGCCAACUGGGGAGCAGAGAAGGACCAACAGAGGAGCACAGAACAAUGCCAUCGAGUGCCUUGGAUUGGAUGGGCAGAGGCAUCUGGAAGCAGAAGGGAGGCACAUGCCUCGCAGCCAAAGUGAGGCCUCCUGUGGUCAAAUAGCAUCUGGCCUCCAACACAGACGGGAGCGUGGUGAACUUCGACGUCACACCAUAACCAACGGGAUCGACUAUGACAGGCUGAAGCGGAUGAAGGAGCUGGAACAGGAAAAGGACGCUCUGCUGCAGGGCCUUGAGGUGAUCGAUUGUGCCCGAGGCUGGUACUUCCAGCAGAUCCGGGCAAUCCGGGAACGACAGAAAGAUGUCAGCAAGUCGCCCAGUGGCAGUGCCAACGCAGCGGAAGGCCACUCAGUCCGGAUGGACCACCUCCUGACCAAACUGCAGGCAGUCAGGCACUGUCUUGCUGACCUCACCUCCUGCUCUGCCAAGGUCAGCUAUGGUGACUCGAUCCUCUGCCUCCAGCUCACUCACUUCUCUCCUGUUACCUCAAUCUCCCUUCUCCUUAUUACCUGGGUCAGUGUUGUACUAUCUGCCUCUGAAUGGUCUGAUCUGAACCCCCACCACCCCCUGUUGAUUGUAUUGUUGCAGGAGGUGAGUGCAAAGAGUGAUCGGAUUACCCAGUUGGAACAGGAGAAGGUGGCCCUGAUCAAGCAGCUUUUCACCGCUCGCUCCCAAAGCCAUCACGAGAACAGCCAGCUCGACUCCACUUUCAUCUGACCGACAGCCAGCAAUGUCGAACUGAGACAGGCCUCUUCCAUCCUGCCAGAGCAGAGAUCUCCUUGUCACCCACCAGCUGCCUGCCCUGACCACUCCAGCAGCACCUGAAACCCCUCACUCCAGCUCUGUCUGUGUCCGUGUGUGUGUCUGUGUCCGUGUGUGUGUGUGUGUGUGUGUGUGUGUGUGUGUCUGUCUGUGUUCGCGUUCAGAACCUGUCUGGCAGCAGGUAGCACUUUACAGACAGUUAGCAUUUUCCUAACCUCACUCGUGUAACAGACCAGCAAAGCUAAACCCUAUACAGUGUCUCAGUCUUGGGUGGACAGGUCAUAUCGAACUCCCUCUGUGUCCGUGUGAACCCCACACAUUGUUUACUUUUGCUGUGAUUCAAGAUGUCUUUCGAACACUAUUGUCUGUCUCUGUCUCACACACUCCGAGUACAGGGGCUUAGCAGGAGAUGAGAGCACAGUCUCAGCACACUCCCCUCCCCACCCCCACCCUGAGUUUGAGUUUACGUUUUAUUACAGUUGGUACGACCUGAAAAAGGUACUGAACAAAUCCUCCAGCGUUCUCUCUGUUGGAGAGGGCGCCUGUGUUCUCUUUUUUUUAAUAAAGUGACUUUUCCACUGGUGCUGGUGU